AUGUCUGAAGCCUCCUCUUUAAUUGCCAGGCUUAAACAGUACCGGUGGAUAGUGCCUGCCCAGGGUGAGGUGGAACUGAAGGUCAACUUCUUCGCCAAAAAGCCAGGGAGGUUUGAGCAGACACUGAGCUUUGAGCUUGUGCCAUCAAAGCGCCAGUACAAGCUGCCCUGCAGUGGCACUGGCCUGUACCCCAGCAUCAGCCAGAACCCACGGGUGGUGUUUCCACAGUGGAGGGCGACCAUGAAGGAAGGUGAAGUCAUCUUCAAGGAAUAUGUUGAGAGCACAAAGCAAUUCCACUUUGGACCGCUGCUGUGUGGGAGAUCAAGAGAGUGGUACAAGACCCAGAACUGUCCCGGCAACUCUGAAAAUAUAACCAUCUUCAACAACUCCCCCACGGACGUAAAGGUCCGAUUCUCCUUUGAGAAUGCUGGGGAAGCAGAUACGUUCCUUUUGAACCCUCCCCGCAUGACACUGAAACCAAAGGAGAAGAAGGAGCUGACCCUUUGGGCAUACCCCACUUCCCCUGGCUUCCUGGAAGACAAACUCGUCUGCAGCAUUGAGAAGAACCCGAACCCAGUGGUCUUCAGCCUGUGCUGCUAUGGGGUGGGCAUGAAGAUGGAGGUCAGCACCCGGGAGCUGUCUUUUGACAAACUGCUUCUGCACAGGACUGACUGCAGGACCUUAGUCCUGAAAAACAACAGCAUGCUGCCCAUGGCCUGGCAGCUCCGUGGGCUGGAUGACCUUGUUGAGAACUUCUCCUUGUCACAAAAUAAUGGCAUCCUUGAUCCCCGCUCAGAGUUUGAAGUAACACUGCAUUUCAAGGCUGAGCAGAUUGGCAGCAUUGAGAAGACCCUCCGACUAGAGGUUUCAGAUGCAGAAAACAUCCUGGGGGUUGUUCAGACAGAAAACAUCAAAAUCUCUGCAGAGGUCUAUGAUGUUUCUCUGGGCAUUGACAUGCCUGAAGGUGCAGAUGGAAGCUUGGAAUUUGGAACAAUUAAUGUCCUGGAUAAGGUGAAGAAAGUCCUGAGUCUAAAGAUCAAAGGGAUAUACAGGAUUGAGUACAGGUUCACGCUGAAGGGUGCAGGUCCCAGGAUGCAAGACUUGGCAUCCUACUUCACCGUUACACCUCAGUCGGGCAUGGUGAAUGCCUCCCACCCUGAUGCGAGUGUUGAGAUAAUCUUCCACCCCACAAGUGAAAUCCUCCUCAAGAACAUACCCAUCCUGUACUGCCAGGUGAUAGAUGCCAGCUCAGGUGAAGGAGGCCAGGCUGUUACCAACAUCCCAAUAAGAGUGUCGGCCAAAGCCGAGUACAGCAAGUACAGCAUUGUGCCUGCCUCACCCACCGACUUCGGAGCCAUGAUCAAGGGCACCAAGAAGAGCCGGACUGUUGUGCUGAAGAACAACGGCACGCUCAGCUUCAAAUUCCACAUCCGCCGAGAACUCAAGCUUGCAUCUGCAUUGGAAAGCAAAAGUUCAAAGCAAGGGGAAUCUGCUCCAUCAGCUAAAAAGCGCUCAAAAGGAAGGAAAUCAGGCUCCUCGACACAGGGUCACCUCAGGCUUGGCAUGUUCACAGUGUCCCCCUGCUCCGGCUCCGUCCAUCCGUCGCGCAUGCAGUUGAUCAAAGUGGAGUGCCUCGCAGAGCAGGAGGGGACAUGGGAGGAGCAGAUCUACAUUGACAUCAUGGACAGAGACCCCACAGACAAUCCCCUCGGCAUUCCCUUCACCCUGAUUGUCGAGACCUGCGUCCCAGGACUUGUUGAGAAUGUCGCGUCAAUCUUCAAGGAGUAUCCGAUCUGCAGCAGCGCCGACCUCAGCCACCAGCUGCAGUCGGUGAAAGGCACGGGCCUCUUUGUCAGAGAUGAGAAUAGAUUCAUCUUCAGCAAGGUUCAGGUUGGGCAAGAGGCAGAAGCCCAUUUCAGUAUCUGCAAUGCUUGCCGUCUGCCAUGUGACGUGGCCCUCUCCAUCAAACCCCUGCCUGGAGAGGAACAAAGCCUUAUCAACAACAUUUUCAAGCUGGAUCCAGUCAAGAUGUCCAUUCGUGGCUCGUCCUCUGCCGUUGCUACGGUGACCUUCACUCCACCAAACAAGCAGAGCUACGACUGCACCUUCGAGGCUUCCCUUGAGAUGCCCAAGGGCUCUGUGGAAGUGAAACCCCAAAUCCUGACCUUCACCAUCAGUGGAAAGGGGCAGGAGCUGCCGGUGACAGUCGUGCGCCCAAGUGCUCGCAGCAAGAGGGAAAUAGCCGUGCUGCGCUUCAAAAGGCUCCAGCUGGAGGAUACAGAGAUGCUCCCCCUGGUCAUCCGUAACAACGGCAUCAAACCUGUCAAGUUUAUGUUACACCUGGAGGAUGAGCACGGAGUGUUCUUGUUGAAAGGCAGGGCCUCUACAUUCAAGACAUUCCAAACUGGAAAUGUGGAAGGGGACUCCGUCAGAAACGAGAGCAAGCCCGCAAAGCAGCCUUUCUUUCUUCUGCGUCAUGGGCAAUCGGCAGAGUUUGAUGUCAUUUUCAAACCCACCCUGGCUCAACGUCUGGAAGGGAAGAUUUGUCUGUUAGUGGGGGACUCCCGCCUGACCCUAACCGAGCUGGUGGGUGAAGGCCACAUGGAUGAAUUCACCCUUGAUGGGUUAAAGGAAGACCCCCAGGAGAGGAAUGCCAAGAGCAGUCUAAAGAAAGACAUCAUUGAUGCUGUCAGAGCAAAUCACAUCCAGUUUGGGCACUGUCCUGUCGGGAAGCGCUGCCGCAGGACCUUCACCAUCACCAACCACACCCGUACGCAGUUCAUGCGCUUUGUGUGGGACGCAGAUGCCAUAUUCCAGUUCUCCCCCAAGGUGGGACACCUCCAUCCUGGCUGUGCCAAGGGCAUCACAGUGACCUUGAAAGCAGAUGUCCCAGGCACCUUCAGGAGGCGCCUUGUGAAAUGUAAGGUGACCAAGAUCAACUUCAAGCGGCCACGAAGGAAGGUUCCAGACUGGGAUGACCAAAUGUGCAUUGUGACGUGGAAGGAUAUCCCCAGGAAAGACCUGGCAGCCAGAUGGUUUAAAAAAGAGAGGGUGGUCGAGACAGUCCCGGAACCAGCUCACACUGUGCUGGAGAAGAGCAGCCAGGAGGCUGAGGUGUACCUCAGUGCCAUUGUUUUCUACACCCAGUUCAAACUGAGCACAACCGUGGUUCAGUUCAAGGAUACCUCCCCCUUGCAGACAAGGAUAGCCACUUUCAGGCUAUCCAACACAGGGAAGGUAGCCCUGGAAUACUCCUGGGAGGAAGCUGAAGACAGUGAAGCAGUGAAGAAGCAAUACUCAUCUGCUCUGAUGCGUCAUUUCCUCUCCUCUGAAACUUUAAAGCGUUGCAGAAAGAUGCUGCAUCGUUUUGGGUGGCAGCCGGAUCGUCCUUUUGAAACUCAAUCUUCUGGGCUGCAGCUGCUGCAUCAGCUGGCCAAGCGGCUGCAGCAGCAGCAGGAUUCUGAGCAGCAGCAGCAGCAGCAGCCCGAGCAGCAGGACCAUCCCAAGCUGUGCCGCUCAAGGCGUGUUGGUUCCGCCCUGGAAAUCCUGCCAGAUCCCUUCCAUGACCUGCCACUGUUCUCCAUCAAGCCCUGCCACGGCAUCAUCGCCCCUGGCCAGAAGCAGGCCUUUCAAGUGCGGUUCUCCCCAAAGUGUGAGGGGACGUUUGAGACCACCCUGCAGUGCAGGAUUCCUAACUUGAAGCCAAAUCAAAAAACGGGGCAGGUAAUUGUGAAAGCCCAGGAACAGAAGAGUCUUGGUAAACCAUUAGAGCAGAGAGAGAAAGGCCAGAGAGCCAAGAAGCAGAAACCAGCACCUAAGGGGCAGAAUUUUUGUCAGCUGAAGUCUCCUGAAGGAACCAGCAACAUCGUGCCUUCUGCUGCUGCUGGUCUCCCACCCUUCACCAGAGACCUCUGCAUCCCUCACCUCCCGGCCCACGCCAAGAGUGGCUGCACCCUCUCCGCCCCUCGAGCCGGUCUGGGUGGCAGCAGAGCAGGGCUGCCCAACUCCUAG